UUCGCCAUUAGUUCAGUGUCAUUUCUAGCAGCAGAGGCGACAUUUACGUUCGUUUAUUUAUGUCUGUCGGUGGUUUAAACGUCUGCUGGACUUCUCUCUUGGUCAUCACUCUUGUAGUAUUGUUUGCAAUGUCUUCAGACGCCGGUGAAAAAUACGUUUCUGUAGAUUUUGAGAUAUUCGGCAAUGUUCAGGGUGUUUGUUUCAGAAUGUAUACAGAGGCUGAAGGGAAGAUGUUAGGAGUGAAUGGCUGGGUGAAGAACACUAGACAGGGCACUGUGGCUGGACAGGUUCAGGGACCCCCUGAAAAAGUCAAAGAAAUCAGAUGGCGCCAGUGCUUCGGUCUUGAUCUCAUGGAACAGUCUAGAAUGGGCUGGUUUGAGGGGGGAGGAAACUCACAUUUCUCACCAAAAGCAAAGCCCACGUUCACCUGAUACGUCACGAUAAAUCUAGACACGGGAAUAGAAUGUGCACAAGCAAUGCUGAUUAACUGCUCAAAAGCUUUUUGUGUGUUAAACUCUUUUGUUGUGUUGCCUGGGGCUGAGCUGUUGUGCAUUAUAGCUCACGGCUGCGGUUUUGUGUGCUGAGAGAAUGUGGUGUGCGUGUGUGUGUGUGUGUGUGUGCGCGCGCGUGUGUGCGUGUUUGUGGGCGUUCACAGGUCUGCAGUCCCUCAGGCUGGGCGGGUCAAACGGUGAUGAUGUCAUGAUGUCAGUCAGGGUGGGGUGCUAUACAGGGCCAAUGCGUUCAUGACAUCACAGUCUCAAAUGUGAGCCAGACGCUCAUUUAAGGGAGUGUGUCCAGCCCGACUGUCGCCUCUCACCAGAGCUCUUACACAUUACUAGAGUAAAUGAAUAAACUGUAGUAUAAUGUUACGCACGUUCUUAACUCAUUUUUUGUUUAGAUGUACAAGAAAUAUUUACACAAAUGCAUUUGAAGCUAAUGCUAAAUAACCAGUAUUUUUCGGAGGCAAUAACUUGUGGCCCCUCGCUAAAUUAAAAAUGCAAUCUAAUGAGGUCAGUGGACGACAAUGUAGCAAAACGAAAUGUUCGAAAUGUCAUAUAGUAUUAAAUACUAUUUAGCCAG